UAUUUUGCAAUAAUAACUAAUAGUAAAUUUAUUUCACAUUAAUAAUGAAUUUCACAAAGAUAUUUUUGUUUGUGUUCGCUUGUUUUGUUUUAAUGUCCACCGUGUCAGGAGCUCCUGAACCCAGGUGGAAAUUCUUCAAGAAAGUGGAGAAGGUGGGUCAAAACAUUCGCGAUGGUAUAAUAAAGGCAGGACCAGCAGUUGCCGUGGUGGGAUCAGCGGCAGCCAUUGGAAAGUAAUCCCUACGACCUGGGACAUGAAGACUAAUAUCCACUAAAAAACGAUAUAGAGGCUCUGCAUUAAGUUAUUAUGUUUGAAAAUUAAAUUAUUUGUAAGAUAUUGA